CACACCCCACCUUCUCUCGCACAAGACACUCAUUUUCCCUCUCUCUCUCUCUCUCUCUCUCUCACACCCUGGAGGAGCUGUGUCUCGGUUGAGAAAACUCAUUCGGGUCAGAGAAAUAUGUUUUUACAAUUUCAGAAUCUGUAACCUCCCAUGGUUUUUCCUUUCGUUUUCUUCCUCAGCAACCAAACGAAAUGCAAGGGGUUUCUCAUCAAAAGCUUUGAUUUUUAUUAGGAGGAGGAUAUGGCGAGCGCAGUGGACGCGGCGGGAGAUCCGAUCCCGACAUCGGCGGUUCUGACGGCGUCUUCGAAGCACAUAGCAGUGAGGUGCCAAGCGGAAAACGUGGCCUUCCUCAAGUGCAAGAAGCAGGAUCCUAACCCCGAGAAAUGCCUUGACAAAGGCCGACAAGUCACUCGCUGCGUCCUUGGCCUGCUGAAAGAUCUUCACCAGAAUUGUACAAAAGAGAUGGAUGCAUAUGUUGGAUGCUUGUAUUACCACACAAAUGAGUUUGAUUUAUGUCGCAAAGAGCAGGAAGCAUUUGAGAAAGCCUGCCCUUUGGAAUGAGAGAGUGUGAGACUAAUAACACAAUCUCCUGGUCACAAUAAUAUAGGCAGUUUGCAUUGAGCAAGUACUGCUGUUGAAUACAGUUUUAGGCAAUGGAUGUUGUCACCCAUUUUGGCAUGUUCAGUGUUCAGGUUUGCAACUGGAAAUGCUUCUAAGCAAAAGACAAUAUUGCCCUCUUUUCAAUUAUAAUUAUUUAUGACUGACUGAAUUCCUUUCAAUACCAAGACUGGCGGAUUUUGCAAUGUGCA